AGCGUUUUGUCCUCCAGCGCUUAUUGGUAGUGGCAGAGCGAGAUAUAAAGAAGCCCGUGAUAUAACAAAAUCCCUAGGAACAUAAAAAAGAAAUGUCUGCAUCCGCUGGUGGUGGCGGCGGCGGUAGUGGUGGCGGCCAGGAGGAAGACAAAAAGCCCGGAGGAGAUCAGUCCGCUCACAUUAACCUCAAAGUCAAAGGCCAGGAUGGCAAUGAGGUGUUCUUCAGGAUCAAGCGAAGCACCCAGCUGCGGAAACUAAUGACUGCGUACUGUGAUAGACAGUCAGUUGAGUUUAACUCGAUUGCAUUUUUAUUUGAUGGGCGCAGACUCCGUGGAGAACAGACUCCAGAUGAGCUUGACAUGGAAGAUGGCGAUGAAAUCGAUGCGAUGCUGCACCAAACCGGAGGGGGGCAUGCAUCCCUUGACUGACUGGUGGGCAACAUGGAUAGAAUAUAAAAAUCAAGGUAGAGUCGGACCCAUUAUCUGGCUUCUUCUACGGAAAGACUAAUGUAAAUGAAAUGAAACUGAUGCAUACUUGGAGGAUUUCUAAUUUGAGGUUUCUCCUAUUACUUAUAUAUUUUCAGUAUGGUUUUAAUA